AUGUCAGGAUACAUCCCUCUCGAAGUUCAAGAGGAAAUAUUGAAAUGGCUUCCUGUGAAGCCACUGGUUCAAUUUCGAUCAGUCUCAAAAACAUGGAAGUCUUUGAUCGACAGCCCCCAGUUUUUCGCUGCUUACGGUGUCCGCCAAACUCACCCGAAUCGUUUGAUUUUAAGGUAUAAAGAUAUUAUUGAUUCUAAGAAAAAAUAUCUAACAUUUGUUGAUAAUGAUAAUAAUACUUUUAUCAAACAAGAUUUUGUUCCCACUGUUCCUAGCCUCAUUAAGACACUUGCCCGGUCAAAUGUAGUCGGUAGCUCUCGCGGUUUGUGGUGCUUUAACGUUUGCUCUAAAUGUCGUGGAAAAAAGAUAGUUGUUAUUUGGAAUCCUGUAAUUAAUAAAUCCAUUGGUAUUGAAAUUAUAUUUAUGUGUGAUUAUUCGUCGAAUAUUGCUGCUGAAUUUAUUGGUUUUGGGGUUUGUCCUGUUACCUUGGAUCCUAUUAUAGUCAAGAUUGAAUAUCUCGGCCGUGGUAAUCCUUGGAAGGUUGGAGUAUUUACUUUGAGCACUGGUACUUGGAGUAUUCAAUCUACCAAUCUGCUCCGCAAACCAUAUAAACUAAUAGGGUCUCAGGUUGUUAUCGAUAGGUUUAUUUAUUGGCUUGCUUAUGAUUUUUUUGGUGGUGAAAAUGGUAAAUCUAGAUUUGUGAUCAUCUUGUUUGAUUUGACUGCUAAAGAAUUUAAAGAGAUUAAUGUUACCGGUAGUUUAACAAACCAGCUUUAUUGGAUUCGGGCUAUAUCUAAGCUACGGGAGUCUCUUGUUUUGCUUGCAUACCACAAAGAGUCUGAGAAAGAUCCACCAGUUCGUAGUCUAUGGAAGAUGAAGGAGCAAGGUAUUAGUAAUUCAUUUAGAAAGCUAUACACCAUUAACCUACCACAUACCAGAGUAAAGAGAUUACUAGGAUUUAGGAAUACGGGGGAUCUUAUACUCGAAACAAAGCAAAAACACAAACAAAGGGAACUUGGAAUUUACGAACCCAACUCAGGAGCCAUUGAUAAUCUUGGAAUUGUUGGAAAAGAUUAUUCCUUUAUGUGUUGUAUGGAAACACUGCUUUUGCAUGAUCAGUUAGAUGGUUUUAUAUAUUUUACCAAUAAUUGA